AAAAAAAAUAAAAUAAAAUAAAAUAAAAUCGUAAUAGUAAAUGGCAUUGAAUUCAAGAUUAAAAGUAAAAAGAUUCAUUUAUAAUAUUUUCACAAAAAAAUAUGGGUUACAUGUGCAAACAGAUGCUACAAAAUAUCUUGAAUCUUUAUUAGAGAAUGAAACUGAUCUAAUCGAUGCCAUUGAAAAGAUUGUGAAAGCAUAUAAGAAACGACAUAGUGAGGAAAGACUUGUCAUUGUCGAUGAAAAUACGAUACGAGAAGUGAUAACGACUAUGCAAAGUUCUGCAGCUAUAGCAGCUACGUUGACACCAUUUCAAAGAGUUGAAGAAGAAAUUAACGAUUCAUUACAGGAAAUGUCAAUCGAUGAUGCUCCAACAGAAGUUGUUGAUGUUACUCAACAUUUCCAUGUUGUUAGUGCUUUUAAUCUGCCAAAAUUAACUUAUGAUGAGCAUUCAAGAGCAUUUACAAAAGUAAAAGAACUUCCUUCAUUAAUACCAGAAGCUUGCGAGAAGGGUGAUAUGUAUAGAGAAAGAUACAAGCUUGUCAAACAACGAAUUUUAAGAAAUGAAAAUUUUUGUCCAGCAUCUAUGAGCAUGACAGAUAAUCCUGAUUUCGUUAAAAUCACACCUAUUAAAGCACUCAUUGGUCAAGAUGGUAAAAACUUUGUAUUAUUUGGUAUGCUAACACAGUUAGAGGAAGGAAAGAUACAUUUGGAAGAUGAAGAUGCACAUAUAGAAUUAGUGUUAGAUAAGGCUAUUUAUUCAUAUGGUUUGUUCACGGAUGGUUGCUUUGUAAUUGUAGAAGGCAAAUAUGGUGAUGAUCAUAAGUUUCAUGUUACUGAGAUUAAUUUACCACCUGCUGAACCUCGAGAUAUGUCAGAUGCGCUAUUUAGUCAUGUAGACUUUAUGGGAUUACCAAGACCACUUGUUGAUGAGAAAUUAUUGAAAAUCGAAGAAACAAAAAUGGAAGAUAUUAUGUUUGUUGUGUUAUCAGAUGUACAUUUAGACCAGCCUAAAGUCAUGCAAGCGUUAAAUACGAUAUUUGAAGGAUAUUCAAAUGGACAAGUUCCUUUAGCAUUUAUUUUUAUUGGAAACUUUUCUAGUAAACCAUUUGUGUAUGCAGGCUCUGAUGCAGAAGAAUAUAAAGAUAAUUUCUCAGCAUUAGCAGAUUUAAUUGGUGAAUAUCAUAAUUUAGCUACUCAUUCAAAUUUUGUAUUUGUUCCAGGACCAAAAGAUCCUUGGUCAGGUAAAACCUUACCUCAACAACCUAUUUUACCCAGUUUCGUUACUCGUUUGAAACAGAAAGCAAGAAAGGUCACAUUCACGACUAAUCCAUGUCGUAUUCGUUAUUGUACUCAAGAUAUUGUUAUUUUCAGAGAAGAUUGGUUACAGAAACUAUGGAGAAAUACAUUGUUAACUACAAACCAAGAGGUCGAUACUGAUCCUGUCAAACAUUUUGUACAUACAAUAAUUGAUCAAGGACAUCUUUGUCCUUUACCUUUGCCUAUAAAACCUGUAUCUUGGGCAUUUGAUAAUGCUUUAAGAUUAUAUCCAUUACCGCAUACUUUAAUUAUUGCAGACAAAUGUGAAAGUUAUAAAAUUACUUAUGAAGGAACCCAUUGCUUUAAUCCCGGAAGUUUUCCUAAUUCUGAUUUUACAUGGAGUGUUUAUUAUCCUAGCUUAAAAGUAUCUGAAAAAUGUUCACUUGCAAAUCAUUAGUAAAUAUGUAAAGAUUAUAUUAGAAUAAAAUGUUAAGAUUCUCUUUUUGUUUUAAGAAAUGAACUUAUUGCACCAUUAAAGAAAUAAAAAAAGUUAAAUAGUGAUAGUUCAUAUAGAACGGGCAAAGUAAUAUAUGUGAAUGAAGUUACUGUUUCCUAGUAUAACGUCAUAUAGAGACACGAUUUAAUAUACAAUAAAAUGGCAGAUUUUAAACCUUAAUUAACGCAUAAC